AUGCCACCCUACCUAUCCCCCUUGCAUAUAGCGAGGCCUUCGUUACCGCCGAGCUGCGAACCGACCAACGCGUUCCUGUACCACCUCUCAGCCACAUUCCAUACAUGCAUACCUACGAAUCUCGCCCUUAUAUCGACGCUCCUUGGCACAUGCAGUAUCGUAUCGUGGCUAUUCGCACAAUUACCGCAGAUAUAUAAAAACCACAAGCUCAAGUCAACUUCGGGGUUGAGUGCCUUUUUCCUGACGGAAUGGCUCCUGGGUGAUUUGACAAAUCUGCUGGGGUGCCUGUUUACAGGGCAGGCAUCGUGGCAGAUCAUUAUUGCGGCAUACUAUGUUUUCGUAGACUGCUGCCUAUGCGGGCAGUGGGUGUGGUAUGAGAUGCUACACCACGGACGACCCCUACGC